AUGGAGAGUGAGCGCGACAUGUACCGCCAGUUCCAGGACUGGUGCCUCAGGACUUACGGGGACUCAGGCAAGACCAAGACGGUGACCCGUAAAAAAUACGAGCGGAUCGUCCAGCUCCUCAACGGCUGCGAGUCGAGCUCCACGGACAACGCCAAAUUUAAAUUCUGGGUCAAAUCGAAGGGUUUCCAGCUGGGCCAGCCGGACGAGGUCCGCGGGGGCGGCGGCGGCGCAAAGCAAGUGCUCUACGUGCCGGUCAAGACCACGGAUGGCGUAGGGGUAGAUGAGAAGCUGUCUUUGCGGCGGGUAGCCGUGGUUGAAGAUUUCUUUGACAUUAUCUAUUCAAUGCAUGUGGAAACAGGGCCAAAUGGAGAACAAAUUCGGAAACAUGCUGGACAAAAGAGAACUUACAAAGCAGUAAUUUUCAAGCCAAUUUACAGCACCAUUAGCUUUUAUUUAGAGAUGUUUAACAAUCUGUCAAUUUCAGAGAGCUAUGCCUUCCUACCAAGAGAAGCGGUGACACGGUUUCUAAUGAGCUGCUCAGAGUGCCAGAAAAGAAUGCAUUUAAACCCAGAUGGAACAGAUCAUAAAGAUAAUGGAAAACCUCCCACUUUGGUGACCAGCAUGAUUGACUACAACAUGCCAAUUACCAUGGCCUACAUGAAACACAUGAAACUGCAGCUGCUAAACUCACAGCAAGAUGAGGAUGAAAGUUCAAUAGAAAGUGAUGAAUUUGAUAUGAGUGAUUCAACACGGAUGUCAGCUGUGAACUCUGACCUUAGCUCCAAUCUUGAGGAAAGGAUGCAAAGUCCCCAGGCUCUUCAUGGCCAGCAGGAUGAUGAUUCUGCUGCAGAGAGCUUUAAUGGCAAUGAGACUCUGGGGCACAGUUCAAUUGCUUCAGGGGGAAUACACAGCAGGGAGAUGGGCGACUCUAACGGUGAUGGCAAAACUGGGCUGGAGCAGGACGAGCAGCCACUGAACCUGAGCGACAGUCCCCUCUCAGCACAGCUGACUUCAGAAUACAGAAUAGAUGACCACAGCAGUAAUGGAAAAAACAAAUAUAAGAAUCUGCUAAUUUCUGACCUCAAGAUGGAACAAGAAGUGAGAGAAAAUGGAAGCAAGUCCCCUGCACAUAGCUAUUCAAGCUACGACUCGGGCAAAAAUGAGAGUGUAGACCGAGGUGCUGAGGACCUGUCCCUAAACAGGGGAGAUGAGGAUGAAGAUGACCACGAUGACCACGAAGAUUCUGAGAAAGUUAACGAGACAGAUGGCGUUGAGGCCGAGCGGCUGAAAGCUUUUAAUAUGUUUGUCAGGCUGUUUGUAGAUGAAAACUUGGACCGAAUGGUCCCAAUCUCUAAGCAGCCCAAAGAAAAGAUCCAGGCUAUCAUUGACUCAUGCAGGCGACAAUUCCCUGAGUAUCAAGAGCGUGCCCGAAAACGCAUACGUACUUACCUCAAGUCCUGCAGGCGGAUGAAAAGAAGUGGUUUUGAGAUGUCUCGACCUAUUCCUUCCCACCUUACUUCAGCAGUUGCAGAGAGUAUCUUGGCUUCAGCCUGUGAGAGUGAGAGUAGAAAUGCCGCCAAGAGGAUGCGUCUGGAUAGACAACAGGAUGAAUCUGCUCCAGCUGACAAACAGUGUAAACCAGAGGCGGCCCAGGGCACUUACUCAACCUCAGCUGUUUCAGGCUCCCAGGAGGUGUUGUACAUCAACGGAAAUGGGACCUACAGUUACCAUAGUUACAGAGGGCUCGGAGGGGGACUGCUAAAUCUGAACGAUGCUUCUAGUAGUGGACCCACUGAUCUCAGCAUGAAGAGGCAGUUGGCGACCAGCUCAGGAUCCUCCAGCAGUUCGAGCUCCAGACCCCAGCUGAGUCCAACUGAAAUCAAUGCAGUGAGACAGCUGGUUGCAGGAUAUCGGGAAUCCGCUGCAUUUUUAUUGCGUUCCGCAGAUGAACUGGAAAAUCUUAUUUUACAACAGAACUGA